AUGUUUACCAAAGCCUUUCUCUAUAUCAAACUGCUUGGCUUCGGUUUAUCUGCCUCUUUUGAGAGAUUAUGUAUCUAUAUAUCCACAUAUAUCCACCGAUUGAGGUACAAAUCUGUGCCUGACCCGCGCAACGUCGUGAUCAUAGGCGGCUCCUUCGCUGGGUAUUUUCUUGCCAAGCGACUCGCCGAGUCCCUUCCCACGGGGUACAGAGUAGUCUUGAUCGAUAAACAUUCCCAUUUCCACUUUACGUGGAAUUUCCCUCGCGCCACGGUCCUCGCGGGCCAGGAGCACAAUGCCAUCAUCCCGUAUCCGGACCAGGGCCCACGCAACGUUCCUGUCGGAGCGUACGUGUUCAAGCAGGGCUCUGUCAUCGCCAUCGAACCCGGCAAGGUCAUUCUGCAGGACGGAACAGAGAUUGCGUACGACUAUCUCGCCGUGGCGACCGGAUCGCGAUCGCGGUAUCCGGCGAGGCUCGACAAGGACGGGGACGGCGACGACAAGGCGAACUGUGUGAGAUUCUUCCAGGAGGAGCAGCAGCGCAUCGUGGCCUCCAAGGACAUUGUCAUCGUGGGCGGUGGUGCCGCGGGCGUCGAAGUCGCCUCAGACAUCAAGAGCAAGUAUCCGCAGAAAAGCGUCACGCUGGUGCAUUCCCGCGACAACCUGCUCAACAACUUCGGGGCCGAACUCCACGACAUUGCGAAGAAGGCGCUCGAAGAGCUCGGCAUCAAGCUGUACCUGGGGGACCGGGUGAUCGCGGGGUUGGAGGGGGAUGAUUCCAAGCAGAUCAAGCUUCGCAGCGGCAAUGUCAUCCAGUGUGAUCUAGUGAUCCGAUGCACAGGGCAAGCGGCCAACUCGGCGCUCCUGAAGAGCUUCUCCCCAAAGUCUGUGUCCCCGUCGGGCUCGAUCCUGGUAGAAAAGACGCUGCAGAUCCGAGACGCGCCCCGCAACAUAUUCGCCCUGGGCGACGUGAUCGACCUGCCCGGUCCGAAGAUGGGCCGCCCGGCCACGAUGCAAGGGUUCCUGGUCGCGGAGAACAUUCUGCGGGCGAUUCGAGGGGAUCAGAAGAACAGGAAGAGGAGGAAGGGGACGGACGCAGACGCCAACAAGACGGCGACAGCGGACACUUCCUUGCCGGCGGUCAAGUUGAAGGAGUAUACGCCGACAAUGGUCGAUUCAUCUAUCGAAUUGACAUUGGGUCUGGUGAGUUUUACAGUCCUGACACAUUCCUUACCCGUUUCCUUUCCCCUACACGCACCAUAUACACCCUACAUGAGAUACAUGAUCCACCAUGCACUCCAGCUCAGCACGACUAACGUCGCCGUCCACCUCCCUCCCCCUUCGCUGGAAGGGGGCCGGGCGGGCCUGGACCUGGCAAUAAUACAGGGCAAGAGUGUCAUGUUCAUCAGCGACGGCCACAAAAGCACGUCGAUCCCGCGCAAGAUGCCCGACGACGCGCUGCACGCGGCCCAGAUGUGGAAGAUCAUGGACGCCACGCCGUACGACGAUCCGAGCGACAAGAACAAGGCUGCGAUGGCGACAAGUACAACUACACCGACAACUGCUACUGCUACUGCUGCUCCUGCUGCCGCGUCGUCGUCGCUGUCGUUGUCGUCACAAACAGCCGAACUUUCCCCCGCUGCUGCUGCCACCGCCGCAGCCGCCGCGGCGGCCGGUGUCGCUGGCGUUGGUGUCCCUGUUGCCGCAAAGGUGUAG